AUGUACUUCACAGGUCCAUUGGGAAUGGAUUGUUUAAAAUUCAAUUCAGUCUGCUAGAGGAGGAGAACAAAAAAACUUGCACAUGAACUAAUAAUUAUACUCUAAUGUAUAUGAUUUUUCCAUCCCGUGUUUUGCAGAACUUACAUGUAAAGUGGAUGCAAUAUAUUAUGCAACAUCAAGUGCUAUCAAAGGUGUGUUCUCUGACGGUAAUUCAACAGUGACGAUAAUAUCAGAAAGUGACGUGAAUUUAAACUACGAUUCUUCGAGUGAACGACUUCUCUACUACGAUGGUGAUAAUCUAAUGAGUGUUAAACUGGACGGUAGUAAUGCAACUAUAAUAGCGCGUCUCUCUACCAUAUUACGGUUUGCUGUAGAUCAUAUAACAAGGAACGUGUACUACAUUACUAAUUUAUUCAGAAACGUUCGCAGCAUUGAUCUGGAUACUGGAGCUGACAAUCCUGUAAGUUCUAAUCUUGGAAGUGGUGUUCAAGACUUGGAUACUGAUCCAAAUAACAGGUAUAUAUCUCAACUGCCUUUGCUUAUAAAACCUUAAUAAACAUAACGGAUUCGUUUAGCAAGUUUUACCAUUGAUUGCGCUUAGUUUUAUUUUCUUGAAAUUAUUCAGAUGUUUGUUCAACGCUAUGCUACUUUAACUUAUACAGCAUGUUUAAAAUGGGAAUAUGAGAUAUACAUAUAUUAUUUUAUAGUCUCAAUUAGUGCUAGCUAUUUAAAGCAUGAUAUUGCCACAAAUUGCAAUUAAGAGUCUUGAUCUUUACUGUUUUGGUUGAUCACAUAUAAAGAACGAGAGACGUUAAUUAUCACUGUGUCGGUAUGUACUGUUUAAUAAACGAACAGGAGUGUUUUAUUAGGUUUAAAGCCCCGAGCGCGCAGCGCGAGUGGCUAUAGACCUAAUAAAACACGACCUGCGAGUUUGUUAAACGGCUUCAAACACGACUACAAAUUCAAUAGAUAUACUGCCUUAUUAGUAUUCUUUAUAUAAAGAAUACUAAUGAGGACACGACUACAAUAGAUACUGCCUUAUUAGUAUUCUUUAUAUAAAGAAUACUAAUUAGGAGUGUUUUAUCAGGUUUAAAGCCACUGCACGUGACAUAUUAUGGUUGACAUGAUUUGCCAAUUAGCUUAUGAAUUAUUAAUGAGUGUUUGAAGUAUAUUUAAAAAAGCUCACUAAUAAUUCAUGAGCAAAAGACAAAGGAAAUCACAACCGUGUCGGUGGUUUUAUAUUUCAUAAAAAAUCAAUGUUCAUUUACAUAAGGUUUACCUUUGAUUUUCCUGGCAUAGCUAGACAACGUUUAUUCUUAAAAUUACUUCGCUAAUGAACUCAUCCGAUGGGUUGUUUUUUAACCUCUCGUGUUUUAUAUCUGAUAAAGCACUCCUGCUCGUGUUUCAAAUAGUACAUAACAUAUUGUAUUAUUGAUUAUUAUUAAACCAUUGUUUAAAGACAAUGGUUUAAUAAUAAUCAAUGCUGUAAUAUGGCAAAACUCUUUUUUGGCAUCAAUGUCGUAGUAGUGACUGCCUCGUCCUCCGCUCAAUUGUAAAUACCAGCUAAACAUGAGCAGCCGAUCUUUUGACAAAGACAAAGAUUGGAUGCCACAUUGAUGCCAAAAAAUAGUUUUGCCAUAAUUACAGCAUUGAUUUUUAUUAAACCAAUUAUUGUUUAGAAAAUUGUUCAAUAAUAAUCAAUGCUGUAAUAUGUUAUGCACUAUUAAAAACACUCGCAGUUCGUGCUUUAUCAGAGCGCAGCUGGAGUGUUCUACAUCUGAUAAAGCACGAACUGCGAGUGUUUUAAUUAAAUAGCUUAAAAAACGACCCACCUCUUGUCAGUUCAUUGGCGAAGUAAUUUUAAAAAUAAACAUUGUCUAAGCCGUGAAAAUCAAAGUUGAAGUUUAUGUAAAUCAGGACAAAUCUUUAUCCGAUUUACAAACAUUAAUAGGCAAUUCCAGCUUUUAGUUUAUGCGUGCAGGGGAUAAUGGGAAGUAAGGUAUCAUAUUGCUGAUUGCACUGAAAAAAUAAGAAUGGUGGCCGUGUAAACACGGAGUGAUACUUAUACUUGUAAUUAUUGAAAUAUUUCGGUUGUUUCGGCAGUUUUUAUUGAAAUUGUUCAGCAUAAUCAGCAAUAUGACACCUUACUUCCCUUCACCCCCUGCGCGCAUAAAUUAAAUGCUGGAAUUGCCUUUUAAAUAUUCAUUUCUUUUGUAUUUUCCUCAUGAAUGAUUAACGAGUUUUUUAUUAGUAGUUAAACAAAAAAGAUAGUUGCAAUGUUUUCGGCUAGAUUAAAACGAAGCGAGAUGAAUUUGUGCUAAUUAUAUGAAAUACACGAAUUUCAAAAUAGGUACUAUAAUCGUCAUCUUUUUCUAUUUUCAGCUCGCUUGUUUUUGUUCGUGCAAGCAACGGAGAUAUUGUUCGCUAUUUCCUUGAUAAUGGCACACAAGAAGUUGUUUACAAUAACAAUAGAUCACCUCAAGUUCUGUCAGUUGACUCCGAGUAUGAAGUAAUUUAUUGGAUUGACUAUAUCGCUGCUAAUGAUAGCUACUCUCUUAUGAAAACAUACUUCAAUGGUUCAACUUCGCAAGUAAAUUAUUAUCCUGGUACGACCAGCUCAGUCACAAUUGCAAUUGGUAAAGAUGAUUUUUACGUUAUGGACAGUACAAGAGGUCGUAUUGAUAGAUUUGACAGGAGUACAGUCUCUUUGCAAAAUACAUUCUAUCUGAGCGACACAGCCAACGAACUAACGGUUGUUCAAGGUAAGGCAAAAAAUAUUCCAUUUCUUGUAUCAUGCAAGUUUACGAGUACCAUAAUGUGCUGUAAUAGCAACUGUUUGAAAAGCACGCUACAAAGAAGAAAGAAUGAAGUACGUCUACUAAAUAAUUUCAUUUGGGGUGAAUUUGAAGUUGAUGCUCGCGAACUUUUUUGUCUUUCUGAUUGAAAUUUAGUAUAAUUUUCUAAUAUUCCCUAAUUCCAGUAUCGCAAUAACAGGGAGUUACAGAUAUAAGCCAUAGGCAGAGCAUCCCAAGAAAUCAAUUAACCGCAAACCACCAUGCAUAUAAUCUUCACUACACAGUUACCCAGUAAUGACGUUAGUGCUGCAUCAUUUCCUUAAAUCAUCAUAUAAAAAUGUUACCCAAGAACCUAAUUACGGUACAGAGUGAUGAAAUAAACUUUAAUUAGUAGAUUUCCUUAAUUAAAAAACAUCCGUUUUCUUACAUCAAGAAUUCAAUCUUUUCUCACAUAAAAGCACUACAUGGUCGCUUGGGCUCAGCCAGCGCUUGAGCACAAGCAGCAGCCGCUGUCCGCCCAUACUUAGUGAAUUAUAAUUGCCAAUUUAACAACAUAAUCAAAGGUAAAAUGAGAGAGAGUAACUUUGCAUACAAUCUGGCUACCAGAAAAGCAGAUAUUGAUAUGACAGCUACAAUUUUGAUACUUGGAUCAAAAUUCUAAAUCAAAGUAAAUUUGUUUGUGUAGAUCUGGAUGAAUGUUGUGUUGGUGGUCAGUGUCAUGAUAAUGCAACAUGUACAAAUACGCCUGGAAGCUAUUCUUGUACAUGUAAGAUGGGUUUUACUGGGAAUAACACACACUGUGAAGGUACAAAUACAGUUAAUCUUAUCAGUGGCCGUGGAACGGGGGACACAAUGCCCGUUUUUUUUAAGCGAAAAAAGUGCCCUUUUUUCUGGGCUAAAGUGCUCCAAGUACAGAACGAAAAAAGUAUUCCUUGAAUGAACGCCCUCUUUUGCUGGAAAGAAAGUGCCUAGUUUCUUGCUCUAGUAAAGACUCAGUAAAGGCCAUUUCUGGCGUUAUAGACUCCAUAUUUUCAAAAUUGUUUCAUUUGACUCGUGGCCGACAUAAAAUCGUUUGAUUUAGGUCGUAUAUACAAAAUUGCCCCUUUUGGGCAAUGCCCCUCCACUUUCGAAAUUUUCCCCCGACCUCUGACUCUUAUCAAUUACAAUAUGAUUAUACCCACUUAGCCAAUCAUCGUCCAGGCUUUUCAUUCUCUAUAACCCCUAAUCUGAUGUUUGAUAGUAAUCACAAGUGAGAUUAUGUAACUUAUACUAGUUUGACCCAUACAGAAGACAACCUCAUCCCCAGAGCCUGCGUACUGAAAAGGCCCUGUCAUCGACUGGAAUUUUACACCCCGAAUUUUGGGGUGUAAAUAUUAAGACCACUUAAUUUUAAUACGCGAAAUUGAUUUGUUCUUCAACGUUUCCUAUACUUGCUGCUCCAAGACAAGGUAAAUAUUAUAUAUUUUUAAUCCUCGACAAAUAAGCCAUCGGAAAAUGUUUGAAUCAAAGUAGUAGUAUAGAUACCGUCCGACCCCCUUUUUUGCGGUGGUGGAGGUGGUGGAGUGUGGUGGAUUGUGGUGGAGGUGGUGGAGGUGGUGGAGGUGGUGAAGGUGGUGGAGUGUGGUGGAGGUGGUGGAUGUGUGUGGUGAUGUGUGGUGUGUGGUGGUGGAUUUUUGUGGUGGUGGUGGUGUGGUGGUGGUGGUGGUGGAGUGGGUCGGAGUGUGAGGUGGUGGUGGGGGUGGUGGAGUGUGGUGGAGUGAGGGUGCGCUAUUUAAUUAACAUACGUCAUAAUGAUAUGCAAUGAUGUCACGCGGGCAAGCUUAAACAAGGUCGGGCAAAGCUUGCUGACUACGCAUUUUUUAGCGUCCCUCCACGUGUGUGAUACAAUAGAGGGAUUAAGAUUGGCUUACUAUGCGUUCCUGCUACAAUCUUGGUUAGGGCUAUAUACAAGUCAAUAUGUUGUUGUCUGGAGGUUUAUAAGCACAGCAUAGCAUUUUGCUGUUAUUGUCAAGUGAUUUCUAUAAUUUAGCUCCUAGAGGAAUUAAAAAAUAUGAUACUAUAUGAAAUAGCAUGAGUGUUAUAUAUCUAAAACUUAUAUAUUCGCGGUAUACAGCUAUAUGUUUUGUUGUUAAGUAAUAUAUAAAUAUUAUCAAGCUUUAAAACGCUGAGAAAUAUCAUGAGGUAAGAGUUAUGUAUCUACAAUUAAACUAAUAUUUAAAUCCCGGUCUGCCAUAUGGGAUCUAUAUACGAGAGAAUAUGUUGCUAUCUAGAGUUAUAUAUACAGAUGGAAGUUAGAUGUCAUGAUAUAUAAUUGUCAAGCGAUUUCUAUAUUUUAGUGCUAGGUUUUUAAAGUACUAAAACUCGGAUAAGGUUAAUAAAUUUAAGCUAUAUUAAAGCACAACGGUUGCUAUGUGUUGUUAGGGUGAAACUAAUUAAAGGAUUAACUUUUAUCAGAGAUUUGCAUUUUCUACUGUGUGGAUAAAUACGGGUAGAUUAGGAUAUUCAUUGCGUGGGCGUCGCGGGUUAUCCGUGCGGGUUAGAAACACAACAAUAAGGAGGCUUAUAUUGGAAGAGAGAAAGCAAUUUAGACAAGACAGGAGCGCUUUGCAGCCAAAAGUUUACACAAGAAUUCAGUCUUAAAAUAAAUUUAUUUCUUCGAGACGUUUACAAAGUUAAUGUGGUCUACUUCUUAGAGCAUAAUGUGUUUGAUUUUAUUUAAAUUACGCACAACAAUUUAAAUGUUUUUUGUAAUAAGAGUCGUUUGGCUUAAUUAUUCAUUCGCCAUGGUUUCUUUAACAAAGGUUCUGACCGUUGGCUCGUAUUCGUGCAGAUUCACCCACUUCAUACGACCCGAUUGGUUCAUUAUUUUGACAGCCCAAUAAUUUUCUCCACCGAUGUAGACACCCGGAUGGUUAGGAUCAAAACUAUUGCGCGAUGACUUAUACAUCUCUCUCAUAACAUAUCCUUCGGGAAUGUUACUGACCACCUGUGCUUCCUUGGUGUAGUUUUGCAACUCGGGGAUAGUUGCAUCCGACAAGGUAAUAUGCCUCUGAUGUUUUGGUUGUGUCCUUCUAGGCUUGGUUUCGACCGGUGUGGGCUCGACACUAGUACUGUUCACUUUCGUUUGGGUGGCGAAGAGAUAAACACGGCAGUCGCCAAACAGGUCCUCAAGAACUUGCUUAUUUGCUGGUGUAUCGGCGACAUUUGAACAUACAGCACAAACGGCUUAUAUAAUCAACCAAGCACGAAUAAGACAGCGAUCUCUCGUUAUAACCCUUCUUGGUCUCAAGAAUGCGUUCGGUGAAGUACAUCACAAUUUAAUCUAAUCCGUUCUUGGCUAUCAUCACAUACCUCAACAUAUUCAACUCAUGAUUAAAAGCCUUUACACAAACCUUAAAACAUCAAUCAUUACAUCUGAUUUUAGCACCCCAUUUGUAGAAGUAGGUCGUGGAGUUUUGCAGGGAGAUUGCCUCAGUCCAUUACAAUUUAGCCUAUGCUUUAAUACUUUUAUCCAGCACAUAAAAUCGGAGAAAUAUCAACAGUUUGGUUUUUCUUAUAAACUUCUCAACCCAAUUCAUUGGUUCCAGUUUGCUGACGACGCAGCCGAAAUAACCGGCCAAGAUAUCUGAAAAUCAAUAGUCAGACAUGAUUAUUUGAGUAGAAAAAUGUAGCGCCUUUGGUAUCAAAAAACCUCUCACGAAAUCAGUCCAGUACGUCCCUAAGUUAAUCAUUAACUAUUAUUCCGGCUGUUGAAAGUAGAAAAUCAUUCUGCUAUUUAGGAAGGUACUUUAAUUACGAAAUGACAAAUAAUGAACAUAAAUCGGAAUUAGUAUCACUAUUGACAGACCUAAUGAAAGAAAUAGAUCUGAAGCCAUUACAUCCGAAAAACAAGAUUAUCCUCUACAGUCGCUACGUUCUUUCAAAACUCUCAUGGCAUUUCACUAUAGCAUCAAUCCAAAAAACGUGGAUUUCCGAAAACCUGGACUCAGUUUUCAAAAUUGACAUUCGUAAAUGGCUUGAGAUACCUAUUUCUGGCUCACUUAGUAACAUUUACCUAACCAGUAACAAAUUUGGUCUGAACAUUAUCCCCCCAUCAACUAAAUUCAUACAAUGUCAAACAACUAUCCGCAGUGCUUUGAAGUCAUCUCCUAAUGAAUCAAUAACCCACCUCUGGAAGUCAACCUGUAAUCAUACUAACACCCAAUAUGAUCAGUAUACGUCGACAAAAGAAGUAAUCAAGUCAUUCCGUGAAAUUCAUGUAGAUAAAUUGGAAAAUCGGUUAAAAUGUCAAGGUUCAUUCUUCUCCAGCAUCUCAAAAUUUUCACUACCCCAAGUAAAUUCGAUUUGGCCAACCUGUCAAUCCAAACUACCAAAAAAAAAUUCAACUUCACUAUUCGCUACAUAAACAAUUCGCUACCAACCCGUAAAAACCUUCAAAAAUGGGGACUCUCUUCGUCCUCUGAAUGCUCGUUUUGCCUUAAACUUGAAUUUCUGUUACAGGUUGUUGCUAGCUUUAGUUCCUAUCUUGAUCGAUUUACUUGGAGACACGACUCAAUCCUAAAUUUUAUUACUAAUAACCUCCCAUCAGAACAUUUUCAGACCAUAUAUGCUGACUUACCAUCAUUCCCUAAUCCCUCUGUUAUUACUAGCGAUGACUUUCGUCCUGAUCUACUAAUUUUGACCAAAGACGAUUGUCUAUUUGUACUCGAACUAACCGUUGGAUAUGAGACUAACCUAAGGAAUAAUAUACAGCGCAAAUACUCAAAAUAUAAAGAGAUGAUCGUAGAACAAAAGAAAAUUUCCGGCCGGUAA